UUAAAAGCAAGUGCCGCACUUUGUAAUACAAGCAAAUGAAAGGUGUAUCUCUGAAAACUAAGAUGUUACUCCACAAAUGGAAAUACAUUGCAUGCUGGUUGUAUAUAUGUGCCAUCGUUGACCAUGGGCUGUCGCAAGGAAAUUACAGAGACGAUGGUAGGUGUGGAGCCGGUUUUCCUGCACCAAACGGCGAUGACGCAAUUUGCCCCUGUGAAUGCUGUUCUCAGUGGAAAUGGUGUGGACUUACUGACGGUCAUUGUUUAUGUGCCAACUGCUUUGAUCAGAGAAGUAUAUGCGGCCCACCCACAACACCACCACCAGGUAUGCUCUCGGCAAACUGUUAUGAAAUGGACAAUGGUGCCGACUAUCGAGGUACAGUAACUGUUACAGUCUCAGGUAAUACGUGUCAAAAAUGGACGUCACAGGCACCUCAUUCACACUCAAGAACAUCAGAAAAUUAUCCAGACACAGGUUUGGGCGAUCACAACUUCUGCCGUAACCCCGAUAAUGAGGAAACUGUUUGGUGUUAUACGACGAAUCCGUCAGUACGAUGGGAAUUAUGCGAUGUUGGUAGUCCAGCAGAAAACUGUGCUCCAACGGAUCCGGUAACAACACAACGAAUUACAACAGAUGAUCCGGCAACAACACGAGUUUCAACAGAUGGUCCACACGUGGUGAAUAUAGCUUGUCAAGAGGCAAUGGGCAUGGAAUCCUACGCAAUUCCGGAUAUCCAUAUUCAAGCAUCUAGUUCGAAGUCAUCAUCCCAAGGACCGCAUCGUGCGCGGCUUCACAUGCCAAGCGAUGGUAAUGGCGAGGCGGGAUGGCGAGCAAACGAGAACAACCAAGAACAAUGGAUUCAAACUAACCUAGGUGGAGUAAAAAUUGUUACCGGUGUUAUCACGCAAGGAAUGGCCACCAAAAACAAAUUGGUUACUGCAUUUGAGAUCCUCGUGAGCAUGGAUGGUGAAAGUUGGAAAACUAUUUUAGACACUGAAGGAAAUUCACAGGUUUUCGAUGGCAAUGUAGAUGACAACACACCAGUGACAAACAUGUUGCCAAAUGCUACAUUAGCACGCUACGUGCGACUUCAUCCAACAAGUUGGAAUGGCGGCAUAGGAAUGCGAUUUGAGAUCCUCGGAUGCUAUAAUUCCUCGUGGGGAAAGGUUGGGCCAAAUGUAUACGGCAAUCUCCCAGAAGUAUAUACAUGGGACGAAGCCAGUGGAGGUUGUGGAGUACUAGAAGCAAGAUUGCUCGACGGUGAUGAGUAUGACGCCUUUGGACACAUAAAUCCAGAAAACUGGACUGCAAUAUGGAUCAGUCACUCUUCAGAAUUUGAACUGGUCUUCAAAGCAGUAUCAGGUGCGACAUCAGAUAUAAUGGACCUAUUUACAUCAGCCGAAACCUUCAACGAUGGCCAGUUUGCAGCAAUGAGUCUAGAUUCAAGACAUACGCGUAGUUUUGUUAACGAACUGCUAGGACAUUGGAAUGACAGGAACAUACAAAAGGUGAAAGUGGCUCUUUACGAAGAUGGAAGUGAGGUCAUGCACAUGCUCUUCGACGGUGUUGGUUCAAAUCAUAUGAGUUUUUUCCAAAACCAGAACCUGAUAUUUUCACCCUGGAGUGACCUACACUCUUCUCAAACCAACUUCUUUAGUAUUGACGGACACGAACGUGCUUCUAGGAGGUGGUAUAUCAACAAAUCCCACGGUGGAUGCAGUAAUGAUAAUGGAUGGUUUCUUGUUAAACCGGGCAUACAGGUGGAUUGUCAAUACGAGGAAUGCAUUGUCUACCCAUGUUUUAUAUACAAUAGUAUGGAAACUGUACAGACCUGGGGAACUCUCAGUCAGUUUAAUAUAGAAGGUAAACCAGCUUCUCAGAGCAGUAUUGCGAGUAGUGGCGCAGCAGGGCGUGCUGUAGACGGAAACACAAAUGGAAACUAUGGGGCACGCAGCUGUAUGCAUACAGAUUUUAGAAGUUCUAAUUGGUGGAAAGUUGACUUGCAAGAGUCAUUAACAAUUUCAAGCGUUCGGAUUUACAACAGAGUUGAUUGUUGCAGUGACCGGAUGAUUGGAGGUGUUAUUCGCUUUGGAUUAAAUGAAGACAUUACCUUGAAUGCUAUGUGUGCAGAGACUGUCACAUCUGAGAAAGUCCAAAAUGGACCAGAAAUAAAUAUCGAUUGUGCAGGUUUAUUUGGGCGCUACCUUAGCCUGUCGAUUGAUAACGGUCAAUCUCUUCAGAUAUGCGAAGUCCAAGUUUUUCUCUCGACAUUUAAAAGAGCCAACGUCUUCGGUGUUUCUGUUCAACAUUCAGAUAUCACUCGGUUUUGUCGUAAACUCGAUUUUCGUGAUUUAUUUUUGGAUGAUAUCCCAUGCAAUCAACAAGUAUUCCCAGCCAUUUGUAAAGUUGACCUUGAUUGUGAGGUCAUGAAUGGAUAUUGUAGUCACGACUGCGUCAAUAAUGUUAAUGGUACAGUAUGUGCAUGCCCAGAUCCUUUGAUACUAGAAGACGAUGGAUUAACAUGUGUUGUGUUGGUUAUCAGAGAAGUGAUCUUGACAACUGCAAAAUGCUACUUCAAGAACAUUUGUUUUACAAUCAAAGCAAUAAAAAAAAAACGAGAAAAAAGCAAAGGAUAUAAUGUCAAUUUUUGUUUACUAUCAUAAUUCACUUAUUUUAAUCUAGUCGCAAUAGUGAUUCAAACACCGCAAUAGUUUUGGGGUAUAUUUUAUUUUAUUUUUGAGGAUUACGAAUAAAAUUCAAG